UGUGUGUAAGACUCAACCCUUCGAGAUGACGCAGUUGUGAUCUGUAACGUGCACCUGCAUCGGUAUGCAGUCUUCAUCUUCACCACGUGUAGUGUAGCGAAUGAUGACCGGUAUGUCGCAUUGGUGGAGUGUAUGUAGGUGACUAGGGUACACUUUUCAGGUAGAUGUAUUUCUCCAAAGACAAACUGACUAAAUUCACGUAGACGAUGAUCGUCCAAAUAAUUUCAAUACUUUGUCAUUGCACAUGCGCAUGAAACAAUUCAAUGUGCCUAGGCUACUGGAUUGCUUGUCGCAAUGGGCGGAAGAUGACUUGCACCCGGUAAACAUGUCAUGGUGAGGGCAGAAAUAGCGUCUUAAAGGCAUGUGUUGACUUAAGAACGGAUAAUUUUCCAGCUUCGUGCAUGCACGAUGCAUGGGUCUUACACAACGUGGCGCGAUUAUCUGUUGUCACUGGCGCCACGGACGGCAUUGGGAAAUGCUAUGCAGAGGAGCUCGCCCGCAGAGGUUUUGCCCUGAUGCUCAUAAGUCGUUCUCAGGAGAAACUGGAUGAUGUCUCCCAGUCCCUCGAGAGCCAGUACAAGGUGGAAACCAAGACCAUAGCUGUGGACUUUGGAGGUACUGAAAUCUACACCAAGAUUGAAGAAGGACUGGAAGGGCUGGAAAUUGGCCUUCUGGUUAACAAUGUUGGAAUCUCUUAUCCCUACCCGGAGUUUUACCUAAAUAUCCCUGACCUGAACAAUUUUAUCUACACUAUGAUCAAUGUCAACAUCAUGUCGGUUUGUCAGAUGACCCGAUUGGUGCUGCCCAGAAUGGUUGAGAGGUCCAAAGGUGUGAUUCUGAACAUCUCCUCAGCCAGUGGCAUGUACCCUGUCCCACUGCUGACUAUUUACUCUGCCACCAAGGCCUUUGUGGACUUUUUCUCCCGUGGAGUCCAUACUGAGUACAAGGGCAAGGGCAUCAUCAUCCAGAGUGUUCUUCCUUUCUUUGUGGCCACGAAGAUGACCAGGAUCAGGAAACCCACCCUGGACAAGCCCACACCUGAACGCUAUGUUGCUGCUGCGGUGAACACCGUGGGACUGGAGUAUCAAACCAAUGGCUAUUUCCCUCACGCCUUCAUGGGCUGGUGGUCUGCUGUCUUCGCACCCAUCGACCUGGUUCUCUACCUCGGCAUGAAGAUGAACAAAGCUCAGCGUGGGGGUUACCUGAGGAGGAGAAAGCUGAGAUGAGCUGAUCUAAGUUAACCUGAGAUGGCCGAAGAAGACCUUCAGGCCCUAACUUGGCUGUACAAGCCGACAUUGUUUACUUUAGAUUGAAGACCAACCAUGGCCAUGGCCACCCAAGCCAAUGUUUUGACAUAAUGUCUUUGUGUGUAUCUGUAUGUCUGUCUAGUUUUUUAUAAAUAUAUUUAGUUUGAAUGUUUGUACUUCUAAGGUUUUUUCUUUCCAAGGGCUAUUUUGUUUGUGUGUUUUCUUACUGUAUUGUAUCCUGUUUGGAAAUGGUAUAAAAAUGGCUAACUAAGUGGAGGAAUUUGCUACAGGUCUAAAAAAAAUCCUGUGUGAUAUCAUUUUUGGUUCAAAUCAGUAGUACAGAUAUUUUCAGAACAAUGGAAACCGUAUGUACACUGCUGUUGUAAGCAGAUCAUAAUACCACCAAGUUACCUUUUUUUUAGUUCAUUUUUAUUUAUAAUUUCUUUUAUAUGCGUACAUAUGCCACACAUCCUGCCUUGAAUUAUUUAUGGCUAGAGCCAUAAAUCUGAAGUUGGCAUGAAAAAAAAAAAAACUCCUAAGUGCCUUAUUCUGUAUAGACCACCAAAGGUUUACUCUUUCUAAGGUUCAGACACAUACUUCAGUCUUCUUAAUAUGUUAUUUGUAGGGUUGAAUGUUUAAAUGGUGCUGGAAAUGUAUGGGUGAGUUUCACUGAUUUCCAUGAUGUACUUCUGAGAGGACCAAAAGUCUUGGCUGGCGCACACUAUGGCGAUAGAAUGUAAACUGACUUUAAGCCAUCAUCUGAAGGUCUAAUGAAUGGGACUUCGGGACAGUGAACAGUUGGUUGUCUUUGGAAAUAGUAUACCCAUCCAUUACCAAAGAAUGAACCCUCUAAUUGAGCACUGCCUUAUCAUAUUGUGUUGCACAGUUUGGCUGGAUUUCCAACACUGGUUUAUGGCCUAAUUUGUCCUUAAUUUUUCUUCCUGACUGCUCAUCAGGGAAACUUGCAACCAAUGCCUCUUGUCAAUCAUGACUAUUUUCUAUGGAAACUUGUCAAGUUAUUGCUACUGCCAAAAACAUGUGAUAUGCAAUGUUGUUUGUUAAUAAAGUUUUCAACAUAUA